UGCAGUGGUGCACGGUCCAAGAGCCAGCCUUGCUAAUUCUCACGUCUCUCGGGGAGGGGCGGAAAGUGGAGGGUUCGCUUCUCGACAUCGAAAAUAGUGUAACGUCACAUGGCUGCAGCAUCGACAGCAUUGUAUGCAAUGGGAGGAUCAACUGCACGUGCCGGCAGGGCGAGCGAAGCGUGCAUUGAGCAAGCUCUGGAAAGCUCUUCAGAUAGCGAGCGGAACAGACAAUACGACGGAGAAGCCACCGCUCUGCAACGACAGACGCAACAGGCCAGCCUUACGAACUGCCGAUAUACGUGUCCGGGUUCCUCCCCUGCGCUGUGUUGCAAUUUAUCAUUUAUGGAUCGAUGCCGAGCAGGUCUUGACAUCGUGAGGAAAAGCUGCAAAUGUACAGCCGAUCUUGACGGAACUGGAUGCAAUGCCGUGCAACGUCAAAUGCCUCGCAAAGCCGUCGAGAUCGCUCUGCCGUAGCGCCCCUCAACAUGAAGCCAUUUCGAGACGACAUCAGUAGCGAGAUAUUGCCAUAUGAAUGUUGCGACAGAAGAGGCUGGAGGUCCGUGGAUCGUUGCAAAACCUCUCGCCAGACCGUCCUUCGUCCAUGGAAGCCCUCACACACCCUUAUGAUCUAAUGAUAAAGCAGGAGCGGGAGUGUUCCGGCGCAAGUAUAAGGCUUCAUAAGCACUCAACCAUUACUCGCUG